AUUAUCUACUAUCAACAACUAUCGACUAUCUCCUUAUGGCUUAUCAGUUUUCACAGUAAGUUCACAAGUUUACAGACUCGCCGUUUCAUGUGCUAGUUAAUAAGUAAAUUGUGUUCAUUGCCGUUUGCUUAUUUGCUCGUCAAUCGUACAUCCUUAGUCUUAGAUACCAUGGCCACUUCCGUUGCGACUAACCCUUCGACUUUGCUUCCACUCGAACUUGUGGAUAAAUGCAUUGGAUCUAGGAUUCACAUUGUUAUGAAAAACGAUAAAGAAAUAGUUGGUACUUUAUUGGGCUUUGAUGAUUUUGUCAACAUGUUGCUUGAAGAUGUAACGGAAUAUGAAUCUACGCCCGAAGGAAGACGAGUCACUAAAUUAGAUCAAAUAUUAUUAAAUGGAAAUAAUAUAACAAUGUUGGUUCCUGGUGGUGAAAUGCCUGGUGAAUAACAUUUUAAUUGAAACAUCCAUCAAGUCAUACAUCGACAUAAUAUGUUUAACUAUUAAUAAUAAUGUGUACAUGUUUAGCCCAUCUAAAUGUUCAAGUCUGAAAUAUAAUAAGUUACUCAUAACA